UUAAAAAAAAAAAGUAGUUCAGAGCGCGGCUGCCAUUAUUUUAACCUGCCGCCAGGUGGUAGUCACGAAUCCUUCUCCCGGGAAGUUUUAAGAAAGUUUGCGAGGGGCAGCACAGCUGCUGACGAAGAGCCCAUCGGAGGUAGGAGUGGUGGAGAGCACCUUCAGAGCGUCCCUCUCUUGCCAGCCAUGGAAGGGAGAGAGGAUGCCGAGGGCGCCAGCUGCGAUGGAGCGUUUGCUGAAGCUCGCCGAUGGGUGGAGGUAAGAGAGAAGAUUUCCUCGGAUGUGCCUUCUUCCUGUGCCUUGCAGGCAGCUACUGGGAAAAGUUUUGGAAACAAGGAUUUUCGUGCCGCUUUAGAAAAUGGAGUCCUCCUGUGUGAUCUAAUCAACAAGAUCAAACCUGGCAUCAUUAAAAAGAUUAAUCGCCUGUCAACACCAAUAGCUGGGCUGGAUAACAUAAAUGUGUUUUUGAAAGCUUGUGAAAAUCUUGGAUUAAAAGAAGCCCAGCUUUUUCAUCCUGGUGACCUUCAGGAUUUAUCGAAUCGAGUUACUGUCAAGCCAGAAGAGACCAACAGAAGAGUGAAAAAUGUUUUGAUUACAUUAUAUUGGCUGGGCAGGAAAGCACACAGCAACCCUUAUUAUAGUGGCCCACACCUUAGUUUAAAAGCCUUCGAGAAAUUAUUAGGACAAGCCUUGACAAAGGCUCUUGGAGAAUCCAGUAGUCCCAAACGAAGUGGAAGGGAUAGUGGAUACGGAGAUAUUUGGUAUAUUGAACGCAGUGACUCACUUUCAUCAUCUGUCAGCCAUAAGAGAGACAAUUCCUUUGAUAGCUUGGAUUCUUUCAGCUCAAGAUCUUCUGCAAGCUUUUCAUCAGACGUAACUUUGAAAGGUGGCAGUGAAGAUUGUGAAAGUGACACAGAAUCGGAAACACACGCAAGAAUGCAGGAUCCCAGUAAAGAUGACAUGUCAUAUCGCAGAGUUGCCUUAAUUGAACCCAAACCUGCUGCAGAGUUCAAUCGUUUCUUACCCAGCAAAGCUAAACCACCAGCAUAUAUGCCAGCACCUUUGAGGAAGAAAAGAAUAGAGAAGAAUGAAGACAACAGAAGAAGCUGGGCAAGUCCUGUGUUUACUGAGCCAGAUGGAACAUUUUCAAGUAACCAGAGAAGAGCUUUGCAGCAAGAGAUGGAAUGCAAGACAUCAGCUAAUAUUCUUUCAGGCUUCUCCAACUAUUUGGAGGAGGAGGAAGAAAAGACAGUGGGCACUCCAGACAUUGAAACAGAUGACCUUUAUGUUCGUAAAAUAAAUGCUGCAAUGUCAAAUCAAAAAGUUUCCUCUCAUAAAUUUCUUCCCAAGUCUUGGAUUCCAGGGGAAGAAUUGCACUGGAAAAAAGCAAAAAGGAUAUCUUUUUCCAAACAAUGGUACAAGGAGAUUCAAGGAUUCAGUAUAAAUGCAGAUUCCGAAGAGGAUGUUGCAAGAGUCCAGACAAGCAAUAGUAUCAUGAGUAACUUGGGUAAUAGUUGCAGAGAAGACUCAAUCUUCGUUAAACAGACUGCUGAAUAUGCUGCAAAAUCAAUAUCGCAAUCUACAGAAGAAAAUUUUAGCUAUUCCUCUGAUCUACCAAGUCAGUUUUUAUUUCUGCGGGCACUGCAAAAAUACUCUGACGACUACUUGUCCUCUGAAACUAGAACCAAAAUUGAUCCUUCUUCUGGGCCUAGGCUCCUAACAUGCAGAAAAAAUAAUUAUUUUAGGCCUGGAUGUGAUGAAAGGGACAAUGAAAAUGGAGACUAUUAUCCAGAUUUGGAAAAUGAUGAUUUGUUUGUUCGUAAGACUGGUGCUUUCCAUGUGAAUCCAGUAAUUCUCCAAGAUUUUGAGUAUCUUAGAACAUCCUAUAAGCAAGGUCCUCACAUAGAAGGGGAAAUAGUUCUCCAGCCCAGAGAUGAUGAAUCUGCAAUUCCAGAUUUAGAAAAAGAUGAUUUGACAGUUCGCAAAGUUCAAUUGCAGAAGAAAGUGCCCUUAUCGGGUGCCCCAGAUAGAUACCAGCCUGCUCUUUUUCCGGAUCCUUGGAGUCUCCCACCAGAAAUCCAGGCCAAAUUUCUUUGUUUGCUUGAGAAGACAACCACAACAGAUGAGAGACAAAGUGGUGGAAAGAUUUUAUCUCCCUCUUCACGACAAAAGAAAGAUGAUAUGUUGAUCCGCAAGAUUGAGCUACUCAGUGUAGGAGUGAAUGUGCAGCCAGUUAGUUUCUCUCCAGGAGCAUGCAGCAAAGAAGAUAUGGAAAAAUGGGAGGCAAUCAGAGAUGCCAGCAAAAUCAGACACAAGAAAAGGCAAAUGGUUGAAAGGUUGUUUCAAAAGAUUUCUGAUGAGCAUGGGAGUAAGUCCUUGAAUGAUGUCAGUGCAGAUGAGCUACAAACAAUCCGUCAACUGCGUUAUGAGGAGCUUCAAAGAAUAAGGUCUCAGCUUCGAGAACAAGAUGAACAAUGGCAAGAUGAUUUGGCAAAAUGGAAAAACCGUCGCAAGAGUUACACUUCUGAUUUGCAAAAGAAAAAGGAGGAGAGAGAAGAAAUUGAGCGAAGAACUUCUGAGAGUUGUGAAAGGCGCAGCAAAUCCUUGAGAGAAAUGCAGAGAGACAGGGAGGGCAGAGAUCAAGGGCUCUAUAGUAGUGAUCAGCAGCAAGCAGAACACAGGCAAAUGUAUUUGUCAAAUGAUGAUGUGUUUAGUGAAGAAAAAAUGCCUUCAAGACCAUCAAAAGAUCAUGUUGAAAAUGAUGCUGCCCACUGCUUGAAGAGUGAAGAAAACAGUCAAGAGAGUGAUAAAGCAGAGAGCUGUGCAAGAAUUGGAACUCAGACUCUAUCUAAGAGUAUGACAGAAGAAAAGAGCCAGCCCCCUUUGUCAAUUUAUCAUUCAGUAAAUGCACAAAUUGGGUCAGCUCGGGUUUCAGCUUCUCUCCCAAGAAGUUACCAGAAAACCGAUACUGCCAGACUAACGUCUGUGGUUACACCAAGGCCUUUUGGUGUCCACUCAAGAGGAAUCUCAUCACUUCCUAGGUCGUUCACGAUGGAUGAUACCCAAAAAUAUAAUGGAGAUGGAGAUGUGUCCAAGAGAGCUCAACGUACAUUCAACAGCAGUUCCCUUUCUAAGCCAGAAGCUGGGCAAAGCCAAUCUAUAAGUGACCUAAGAAGUACAGAGGACAGCAAGACUUGGACAAGAUACUCAUCUGCAGAGGAGAGCAAGACAAGGACAAGACAAUUGCCUGCAGAGAAUACCACUGCUACAAGUGAAGGUGCAGAUAUUGAUCACUGUGGUGCUAAAUCAGAGCAUCACACUAGCCAUGACUCAGUUACAGCUGUACCUUCAGCAGCAAAACAAAGAAGCCUUCCAGGGACUGAGGUUUUGAGAGUGCAAGACCAAUACAGUGAUAUGAGAAUCAGUAUAAACCAGAGACCAGGCACCAGUCGGAGCUUUGGGUUUGCAGUACACCAAGAUCCUUCUGGAGUCUUCGUAAAGUCAAUAGAAGAAGGUAGCCCAGCAGACUUUUGCCAGUUGAAUGUUGAGGAUGAAAUCCUGACCCUCAAUGGCACAAAGGUUUCAGAUAUGGACCAGAGUCAGUGGGAAUCAGCCAUCAGCAGUGCACUAGAAACUGGAAAGUUUGUCAUGGAUGUUAGGCGAUAUGGCAAGAAGGACUGGGGCAAAGACCAGCCUUCCCUGCCAUAUGCAAGGCACAAAAUCCUCAAUCUCACCAGUAUGGCUACCGACCUUAUAGGUACACCUGAGAACAAAUGGAUUGAUGCAACAACUGGAGACUCUAUUUCAGCCAAAAGUCAAAGUAUAUCAGCACAGAAAGACUUGCAUAACAGUUUUCAAAAUAAGGAUUCAGAAACAAAAGUCAAUGGAAUGCAAGAUGUGAGUUCCAAUGAGCAAAAAGACUCAGAACCUAUUUCUUUGAAAAACUUAAAAAGGCGGUCACAGUUUUUUGAACAAGGAGGCUCAGAGCCUGCAAUGCCUGAUCUCCCAGUUCCAUCCAUCAGUGCUCCUAGCCGCUGGGCCUGGGAUGAAGAGGAAGAACGAAAAAGACAAGCAAAAUGGCAGGCAGAACAGGAACGUUUACUUCAGGAGAAAUACAGGUGUGAACAAGAGAGACUGAAGGAAGAAUGGCUGAAAGCUCAGGAAGAAGCUGAAAAGGACAGCUCCAAAUACUUAAAUGAGGAGCAGACUGUACUGAAGCCAAAUAGUGUGUCUGUAACUGCACAAGAGCCACCUGAUCCAAUAUGGAGUUCACAUGGAAGUGACAAGACUGACUAUUCUGAUGCUGGUAGACAGUGGGAAGAGGAAAGAGAACAGGAGAAAGAGGAAGAAAGGAAACACCUUGAGGAGGCCCAGAGACUGCAAGAAGAAGCAACCUUGCAAGUAGAGCAAGAGAGGAAGCUCCAAGAGCUGGAGAGUGAGAAGGAACGCAAUGUACAGGACACAAUGCACAGUGCAGAGGAGCCAAGGUAUUGGGAAGCACCAGCAGAACAGAAGUUGCAGGUGGAACAAGUCAAGGACGUCUCAGUGCGGAGGCCCCAGUAUCAAAGGCAUUAUGAAACAUUAAGAAAUUCUGAUGAGCAAGUAGGCUACUUCAAUACUGACAGAAGCAAGUCCAGAUCAACUCCAGAUCUAGAUGAUCAUCAAGCCAACAGAAAUGGUAUGAAGAACAAAUUUUCUGAGCAGUCCUGGAAUGCUGGUGACUCACAGAAAAGACUGCAGAAAGAGCAUGGUUUGUCCCCAGCAGAGCUGGAAAGACAGCAAAUACUUCAGGAAAUGAGAAAGAAGACAUCUCUACACACAGACAACAGUUGGAUUAGGCAACGCAGUUCCAGCAUGCAUAAAGAGCCUGUUAGUCUACUUGGCACUAAAAUGAGGAGAGGUGAAAGUUUAGAUAACCUUGAUUCUUCAAGAACAAAUUCCUGGAGGCCUCAUUCUUGGAUAAAUCAGUCAGCAUCUUCAACAUCUUUAUCAUCCAGUCAAGAUUUUAGUCACCAUGUGCGUCCUGUGGUGUCCACUUCAAAUCGUGCCUAUAUGCGUACUCCCUCUUCUAGCCUGCCAUCUCCUUCAGCCAGUUCCACAAAAACUUCAUCUUUGCCUCAUAUUCUCCCAUCUGCACCAUCUCCUGUUCCCCUUGCUCAGUCACCAACUUCUGCUUCCCAGUCUGGAACUCAGCAACGCAACAGGUCGGUCAGUGGAAAGAGAGUAUGUUCAUACUGUAGAAACGUUCUGGGCAAAGGAGCAGCUAUGAUCAUCGAAUCUCUUGGUCUUUGCUAUCAUUUACAUUGUUUUAAGUGCAUUGCUUGUGAGUGUGACCUUGGGGGCUCUCAGGCCGGAACCGAAGUCCGUAUCCGAAACAAUGAACUCUUCUGCAAUGACUGCUAUCUCAGAUUUAAAACUGGACAGCCAACCAUUAUGUGAUGGAAAUCUCAAUAUGAAAUCACUGCUACAGAUAGAGGAGGAAGCUGCUGCUGUAGAUCUAUAAAUAUAUUUUUUGUGUGUGGUUUUUUAAAAAUGUUUUUGCCUGUUUAGAUCAUGUAGAAAAUUCAAUGUAUCUUUUAUUCAACUUACGUUGAGCUAUUUAUGAGAAGGUAAUCACAAUAAAACUCUUCUGGAUUAAAAAACAAAAGAGUGCUUUAAGUUCAGUGUACUAUCCCAUCCUUAUAUAUACACAUACAUACCCAUGGGAGAAAAACAUUUAAUUGGUGGUAAUUUCAGAAUACUGGAGAAUUGUGAGGAAAUAGCUUUAAUUUCCAGUCAUAUAUGAAGAAGCUGUUUUGUUUUUUAAUGUUCUUAAAUGAGCAUUAUUGAAAUAAUAGAUAUGGAUUGGUAACUGCAGUUUCUACAUCUGAUGUAUAUGCUAUCGAGUUCUGCAGCAUAUUAUGAAAUUCCAUUCAAAGGCACACAGGUUGUUACUGUUUAUAUUUCCGUUACUAAGCUUAAGUACCAUUAUCCUUUUAAAAACUAAAAUGUAAAACUUCAGCCUGUUUUGCUUGGGAUUCAGUAUUUCACUGUGCUUUAAUAGUUAUAUCCAAUCGAGGAAAUUAUUUGUGAAGCAUUCUUUUUCUUGUUAUGUAUGAAAAAUGUAACUCACACCUUAAACAAGUAAAUAAGACUGAAGAUUUUUUCCCCCUUUUGUUGACUUAUUUCAUAUUUGUAAAUAAAGUUGCUGAUGACGCA